AAGAGAAACAUGUUUCUAAAAAAGAAAAGAAAAAGAACUCAGAUAAGAGCAAGAAAAGGCGAGAACGGCCGCCGGCGGAAGACGGUUUGCAAAAGAUUGCUCAAGAACAGCGGUGAAUCUAGGGUUUUGUAGAAGGAUACCCGAUAUCCACUUCUAGUUCCAGGUGAACUCUUGGCGAGAUUGCACAAUUUCAAGAACUCCCACCUCUUAUUUCUGGACAAAGAGAACCAAGAAGGCUGGUAUUGUCGGGAAGUAUGGUGAAGAAGGAUUUUCUGUAACUUUGUGUUUGGGGACUGCAGAUUGUAUAGGAGUGCAGCCGAAAGACAAUUUUGUAAAUUGUUGCGAAAAGAAUCUAGAACCCAGAAUAAGAUUCUCUAUUUCAUAUCACUUGUGUUCAAGACUCGAAGCAUAUCGUGUCAGGCCGACAACAACAACAACAAGAGUGACCUGCAUCCGCUGCUUUGAGAACUAGUCAUAGCAAUUGGUCAGCUUUUCCAAACCAUAGGGAGGAUCUAAGCAGGGAAGACGUCCAGACUUCAAAUAGAGACAGUGAGGAGACUUUGUACUAGUGAUAGUGAAGACAGUGAAGAUUGAUUGACAUAUAUUGAUACACAAAGCCUGCUGCUGCUGCUGCUGUAAUGCAGACUUCAUGAAAUUCUCCAGAGUGAUAGCGAAGACAGUGAAGAUUGAUCGACAUAUAUUGAUACCAUCACUAUAAUCGGAUACGUCACCCUAUGGAGCCGGAGACCUCAAAAAAAGGUGGUAAGAGAGGAAAAAAGCAACAACAACUUAUACAUGUUGCUGCUGUUGCUGUGAAUAGGCAAGAAAGCAAUCCACCAAUAAGAAUAUCGGAUGUAGAUUCUAAUUCUCCUGAUAUCAUAUCGCCUACUACGACACCUAAUACUCCAAGGUGUGAAGAUGAGACGGAACCUGCAAAUUCUAAGAGGCCUCCUAGGGGCAAGGCAAAAGGAGAUAAAGACUUUAAGAAAAAAGGUCGAGUUGAAGUUGAAUUCAAUGCUAGGGGUCAGCCUUAUGGGGAAUAUGCAGCAGGUUUUUCGUCCUUCCUUGGAGUCACAGCAAGAGAGUUUGUUCCGAUUACGGUUAAGAAUUGGAAAGACCUCACAGAUACUUAUAGAGAACAAAUCUGGCAACAUAUCACGCAACAUUAUGUUGUUCAUGAGUGGUGCAAGAAGCAUAUUUUUCGAAAAAUGGUCAAGAUUUGGAGAGAUCAUAGAUCCCUUGUAAUGAAAGAAGUGAUGGAACAAGCUGAAGUGGUAGGCUUACCACGUGCUGCUGAACAACUCAAACCAGAUAUCGUAGAUUCAAUGGAGGAGUGGCAAACUUUCGUUAAAUCUAGAAGCACCAAAGAAUUCAGGGAAAAGUCAGAAAGAUUCAAGUCAAUGCGAGAAAAAAAAACUUUAUUGCAUAGAACAAGUAGGAAAAGCUUUGCCUGCCUUGAGGCAGAGUUGAAGCAACAAAGUGAAACGCCGGAUGCAAUAUCAAGGUCUGAUGUUUGGCUUUGUGGGUAUGAAGCACUACUAGAAAUCUUUUCAGAAAUGAUGUCUAAUACUGUCGUAGACAUCAGUCUCCAAAAAAUUUUGUUUGUUCAUGUCCAGUUUUAG